AUGGAAUCAUUAUUGUUUUGUUUUUUCCAGGGAGAAGAAAACGAACCUCUCGAUGCAUUAGAUAUGUCAUGGCCUGAUACAGCUCGUAAGAGACUAACAUAUAUUUUAGUGGCUCCUAUAAUAUUUCCUUUGUGGCUUACAUUACCAGAUACAAGAACACCCAGGGGUAAAAAGUUUUUUGCCGUGACAUUUUUAGGAAGUAUAUUAUGGAUUGCAGCUUUUUCGUAUUUCAUGGUUUGGUGGGCAAACGUUGCUGGAGAUACCGUCAGAAUACCUCCAGAGGUUAUGGGAUUGACGUUUUUGGCUGCUGGAACAUCAAUUCCAGAUCUCAUAACAAGCGUUAUAGUUGCAAGAAAAGGUUUUGGUGAUAUGGCUGUUUCUUCUUCCGUUGGAAGUAAUAUCUUUGAUGUUACCGUUGGGUUACCAGUGCCUUGGCUUCUGUAUGCAAUUAUUUAUGGGAAACACGUUGAAGUUAACAGCGUCGGAAUGGUUUGUUCAAUUUCAAUUCUAUUCAUGAUGUUAGUUUUUGUGAUAUUAUCAAUCGCUUGUUUCAGAUGGAAAAUGAAUAAAGGAUUAGGAUUCACAAUGUUUCUUUUAUAUUUUGUUUUUGUUGCCGUUUCUCUUAUGUUCGAAUAUGAAUUGCUUGUUUGUCCCGUUUAG